UGGCUCGAGUGUGAAAAUUACCCAACUUCAAAUAUCAUAAAAUUGGAAAAAGAAAUAAGAAUAGUUGAUGAAGAUAGGGUGAUCAUAAAGCACAAAUUUCAUCAGGCUGAGUGGGUUUUCAGGAUCAAGAUUCCACCUUUUCUUUUUUUAAGGUAUAAUAAUUUAUUUCAACAAUUUUAGUUAAUUUUUUUUAUAAAAUUUGAGUGGAAAAAAAGAAUUCCAAGUCAAUGAAGCAUAAAACUCCAUAUCACCAUUGAAGCUCUGAGUGAGUAGUAAUAAUAAAAUUGAAAGGUUUAGAGUCUUUUGAGUUUGUUGAAAUGGCAGGUUCACUAAAUAGCUCCGGUGGAUAGUAAAGUAGAACUGUAUUUGCAGAAAGCCUUGCGGUUGGGCAAACAAACCCUUCCCUCAUUUUUUUGCUUUCAUCUCAUUAAUGUCACCUGACCCUCCCUUCCCUUAAAACCCCGUGCCAUCAUUCAUUUUUUUUCUUUGAAUUUCUUUUGGAUUUAAUACAUCAAGUUCUAUUUGAUUUUUCUUUUAUUUGUUUAAAUUAUUAUUAAUUCGGGAUCGGCGGUAAACAACAUCGAAUGCAGAAUCAAAGCUAGUGAUUGGUGGUAAGAAUUUACCAAGAACAAGAUUUUUUUUUCUCACUAUUUUUGAGUAAUAGUUAUUACUUAAUAACCCCCCAAUUUUAUUUUUUAAUUUUACUUUCUGUAAAUCAAGUAAGAACAUAAAAUGUACAGAUUAGUAAGAGAAAGAGAGCUCUCUGAUAGUAAUGGUAAUGGUAAACAUACGAAACUAACAGAUUUUUAUUUUGUUAAGAAGAAGAUGAGUUUGACACUUAGCGGCCAUUGAAGUUCAUCAGCAUCAGCUUCGCAUUAUCAAUGGAAGCUCAAAGAAAUGCGUUAUCAAUAAUCUUGUUAGCUGUAAUCUUGUUCUUGAUCCAGUGCGUGGUAGCUCAGAAAGCUCGGUUAAGUUCUCCAAUCGAACGGCGGGCAUUGCUGGAUCUCCGCGCAUCUUUAGGUCUCCGAGGCAAAGAUUGGCCCAUCAAGUCCGACCCCUGCUCGUCGUGGCUCGGUAUCGAAUGUCGGAACGGCUCCGUCUCCAAAAUCAGUGUUUCCGGUUUAAAAAGAACCAGACUUGGACGACUCAGUCCCAAGUUCAAUGUUGAUUCUUUGGUUAAUUUGACCCGGUUAGUUUCCUUCAAUGCUUCUGGGUUCCCGCUUCCCGGGUCAAUACCGGAUUGGCUCGGAAACCGGUUGGCUAAUCUCGAGGUUCUUGAUCUCCGCUCAUGCAAUAUCUCCGGUUCAAUCCCUGGUACACUCGGUAACUUGAGUCGACUCACUUCUUUGUAUCUUCAUGAUAACAAUCUUGCUGGUUUAAUUCCUGCUCCAUUGGGACUAUUAAGGAACUUAAAAUUUCUUGAUCUUUCGGUUAAUUCGCUUACCGGUUCGAUUCCCUCAAGUUUUCGGUCUUUUGGAAACAUGGAAAGGCUUGAACUUGCUUCAAAUUACUUAUCUGAGUCAAUUCCACCUAGUUUAGGCACUUUACGAGGUCUUCAAGUGUUCAAUGUUUCAGAUAAUAAUCUUUCUGGUUCAAUUCCUAUUCAGUUUGGCAAUCUUUCAAGGCUGGUUAAGCUUGAUCUUAGUAGGAAUUCUUUGUACGGUUCAUUGCCGGAGGAAUUAAAGAUGUUAAGGAGUUUAAAAAUGAUGAUAAUGGCGGAUAAUGAGCUAGAAGGACAUCUGCCUGUCGAUUUGUUUUCAAGUCUUGUUGAGUUGCAAGUUGUGGAUUUGAGUAGGAAUAAGCUUGAUGGUGCUCUUAACGCUACAAUUUGGUCAAUGCCUAAAUUACAGUCCCUUGAUGUAUCAAGCAACAACUUUACUGGUCCAUUUCCGGGUCUUAGAUCUAAUAUUAGUGCCACUACAGCUGCCAUGUUCAAUCUGUCAAACAAUUUCUUUUAUGGAACUUUGAAUUUUUCGCUCGGGAUGUUCAGAUUCAUUGAUCUCUCUGGCAACUAUUUUGAAGGCAAGGUAGACAACACGAAAAGAAACGCUAUUAUUGACAAGAAUUGCCUUCAGGCUUUGAAACAGAGGACUUUGGAGGAUUGUAGACUUUUUUACACUGAUAGAGGGCUAAGUUUUGAUAAUUUUGGAGCACCCGACACAACGCAGCCACCUCCUGCAGAAUCUAGUUCGGAGAGCAGGAAACGGUUGAUAUUUAUUUUGGCUGGAGUAGUUGGAGGACUUGGCUUCAUUGUACUAUUGGUUCUGAUUCUAGUGCUCGUCUUGAGGCGCAAUAAGGGCAUCGGAAAUCAAAGAAGGAAUGCAGAUGUUGGGCCAGUUCCUGAAGGGGAUAGUCCUCAAUUUCCGAAAGAUCCUACAAUAGCUGGUGCUGGAGAUCCAUUUACAUAUGAGCAGCUGCUCCUAGCAACUGAAAAUUUUAGUGAGACGAAUCUGAUUAAGCACGGCCACUCAGGUGACCUAUUUCGUGGUAUCUUGGAAGCUGGGAUCCCAGUGGUCAUCAAAAGGGUCAGUUUGAGUUCUUUCAAGAAAGAAUCAUACAUGAUGGAAUUGGAUUUAUUCAGAAAGCUUUCUCACCCAAGAUUUGUCCCGCUUUUGGGGCACUGCUUGGAGCAUGAAACUGAGAAGCUUUUGGUAUACAAGCAUAUGCCAAAUGGAGAUUUAGCCAAUUCCUUUUACAGGGCUACCAAUUCGGAUGAUGAUAGCUUACAGUCCCUGGAUUGGAUUACAAGGUUAAAAGUAGCUACUGGAGCUGCUGAAGGACUGUUUCAUUUGCACCAUGAAUGUAAUCCUUCCCUAGUUCACAGGGAUGUUCAAGCUAGCAGUAUUCUUCUUGAUGAUAAAUUUGAAGUGAGACUUGGAAGCUUGUGUGAAGUUCGUGCCCUGGAAGGAGAUACACACCAAAAUGUUCUCAAAAGGCUGCUCCGGAAACCACAGACCUCUGAGCCAGGUCCUUCAGGUUCAGGUUCUUCUUCAACUACUUGUGCUUACGAUGUGUACUGUUUCGGGAAGGUAUUACUAGAGCUUAUAACAGGCAAGCUUGGUAUUGGUAAGGCAGAAGAUGCAUCUACAAAGGAGUGGCUUGAGCAAACCUUGCCUUGCAUCAGUAUAUAUGAAAAGGAAUUGGUGACUAAGAUCAUGGAUCCAUCCUUGAUUGUAGAUGAGGAUCUAUUGGAGGAGGUAUGGGCCAUGGCAAUCGUGGCAAGGUCAUGCCUUAACCCCAAGCCUUCUAAACGACCCUCAAUGAAACAUAUUCUUAAAGCAUUGGAAAACCCUUUGAAAGUAGUAAGAGAGGAGAGUUUCAGCUCCGCAAGGCUAAGAACAACAUCUUCUAGGCGGUCUUGGGGUUCUGCCUUCUUUGGUAGUUGGCGACAGAGCUCAUCAGAGAGUGCCACCAUCCCAGGCCACCAAAACAGAGAGGGUUUCAGUGGUUUUAGGCAGGCAGGUAGAGUAGGUUCUCAUGGCAACGAUGGAAUUGAACACUCGUCUUCACGUAAAAGGUUGUCGAACGAAGUUUUCCCUGAACCCAUGGAAAUGCAAGACAUGGAGAUGUUAGAUGAAAACUAACCAAUAAUCCUCAGUGUUUGAAGUGCCUGCUCAACCAUUGUACCCAACAGUUUUUCUUUUCUAGUUGUGCUCUACAGCUAUUAUUUUAUGAGGAUACUUGUAGCCAGCAGGUGAUCCAACCUGAUUCAGAUAAACUGGCUGAGCUGAUACAUCCCUUGGCUUAAUGAAAAUAGCGGAAGUCAGCCAUGAAAAAGAAGAGAGCAAGAGCCCCGAUUGUAUCCAGCAAGAUUCUUUCAUACAUUCAAAAGCUCAAAAGCUUGUUUGCAGUUGAUUGUUACAACAAGCAUAAAUUUUUUCGUUGUAAUUGCCUUUUUUCUCACAUAUCUGAACAUGGAGAGUGUACAAUUGUAACAGGUUAGGACCCCUUGCAGAUUUAUUAAGUUUACAUUUUGUUAGUAGCAAUCAAAGAAACACAUUAACUGUAUUCUUCCAUUUGAGAAAUUGGAUUCAAACAUUUGGCAUCCCAGUAAAA